CGGGCGGCCUCCUCCUCGGUGCGGAGAGCGAGGGCGGGCGCGGCUCCCUCCCCUGCCGGAAGAGGAAGGCCGCCGGAGAGCCAGGGAGGAGCCGGCGCCCGCCCGCAGCAUCCUCAGGGACGGCUCUUGCCGGGCGCUCCCCGCGGGCCCGGUCGCCCUGAGGUGGCGGCGGGGGGGAGGGGGCGGUGUCCGGGGCCGCGGCUCCCUGGGAGGCUCCGCCGAGUCCGCGCCCUUGCCAGCCCGCGGCGCCUCUUUCCCCUGGGCUCCGGCUGCUCUGGGAAAUCGCCUUUUUCUUUUUAGUUGAAACUCCUGCUGUUGGCCUGAAUCAGGAUUUUGUUAAGGAGUCAGAGAAGCCUUCCCAAGGCUUAGCAGAAACAGAACAGCUUGGAAAAUGGCCCUAAGAGAAGGAGAAAACAGCAGCAGCUCUAUCAAUGGCAAGCAAGAACAGAGCAGCAAUCGUGUUAUUACAAUUGUCUUCCUGGCACUCCUCAUUGACUUGUUGGGAUUCGCUCUCAUCUUGCCACUGUUUCCUUCCAUCCUUGAUUAUUAUAGCAAGACUGAGGAUGGAUUCUAUUUGUCAUUGCAACAUGGUGUGGAUUGGUUUGCAGCGAUGGUUGGGAUGCCUCCAGAGCGGAAAUACAACAGUGUCUUGUUCGGAGGUCUGAUUGGCUCAGUCUUUUCCAUCCUGCAGUUUUUCUCCUCUCCACUCACUGGUGCUAUGUCAGACUGCUUGGGGAGAAGGCCUGUCAUAUUGAUGACAGUGAUGGGUUUAAUAGCAUCGUAUGCACUGUGGGCUGCCUCUAGGACUUUCGGCAUUUUUCUUCUCUCCAGGAUCAUAGGUGGAAUAAGCAAAGGGAAUGUCAGCCUUUCCACAGCUAUAAUUGCUGACCUGCACUCUCCAAAGGCACGGAGCAAGGGCAUGGCAAUGAUUGGUGUUGCUUUCUCCCUUGGUUUUACCCUGGGUCCCAUGAUUGGAGCUUACCUUGCCAUGGAGGCAGAGAAAGGUGAAGUCUUCUUCCUUCGUUCAGCGUUGUUAGCACUCAUGUUUGCUGUGGCUGAUUUAAUUUUCAUCUUCUUCCUGCUUCCGGAGACACUCCCCAAAGAAAAACGGGUCUCCUCUGUGACGUCCGGAUUUCAGGCUACAGUUGACUUGCUUAGUCCUUUGGCUUUAUUUCAGUUCUCUGCAGUUACCCGAGGAAAGGAUUCCCCUUCAGAAAAGAACCUUUGGAAUCUCAAAAUCCUGGGCCUGGCUUAUUUCCUGUACCUCUUCCUGUUUUCUGGUCUGGAGUAUACAUUGAGUUUUCUAACUCACCAGAGAUUCCAGUUCAGCAGUAUGCAGCAGGGCAAGAUGUUUUUCUUUAUUGGAAUAACAAUGGCUGUGAUCCAGGGAGGCUAUGCUCGCCGAAUCAAGCCAGGAAAUGAAAUCAGAGCUGUAAAAAGGGCCAUAAUGUUGCUGAUUCCAGCUUUCUUGUUAAUUGGAUGGGCUGCAAAUGUGACCAUGCUGAGUGCUGGACUGUUGCUGUACUCUUUUGCUGCUGCCAUUGUUAUCCCGUGUUUGUCAGCAGUGGUGUCAGGCUAUGGUGCUGCCAGCCAGAAAGGAAGAGUCAUGGGUAUUCUGAGGAGCCUGGGGGCCCUUGCCAGGGCCCUGGGACCCAUCCUGUCAGCAACAGUUUAUUGGCUGGCAGGGGCAGAGAUUUGCUUCACCAUCUGUGGCGCUUUCUUCCUGAUCCCCUUCAUUUUACUUUGUUCUGUAAAACAGCAGCCAAAGGAAGAGUAAAGGGAUGGGAAGCAAUUAUGGAAUGGUUCCCGGUUUCCAGUGACCUCUACAAGACUUGCUGCUUGCCCCUCGACUCUGCUAAUCAAGUUGGGACAAGGCUUUCGAUCUUCGGGAAGGCCAUAUUCAAUGGCCACUUGCAGCAUCAACAUGACGUUCAGAUUUCUUACGGCCCUCUGCAAGCAGUUUGGUUUACCGCAGCCUCCCAAUUGGCUUGGCUAGUUUGGGAAACAGGGGAAGGAAAAGAAAAAAAAAAAAAAAAGUGUGGUGCAGUUGAGUAAAGCAUUAAGCUCAUCACAGCAGGCUGGGCAAGCUGCGACUGGCAUUACAGCACCACAGUGCUGCACAGCAUACCCCGGUUACAAUACACUGUCAAACGCAAGGGCUUCAGCUGCUGCUUAAAACCAAACUGCGGCGUACACAGUACUUGUCAUUAGCAAGAGCCAGACCAAAAGCACUGCCCAAAGCCUCUGUGCAGAGGGCUGUUUUGUCUGUUUUAACUAGCAGAGAACAAAUACACCAGAACUCUCUACUAGUGAAGGGAAAUUUCUGUACAAUGGUCAUGAGAUUUGCACAAAGGGUAAGUGGAGUAGGUAAAAGCUUUAAUCAACUGCCUUAAAACAUGACAAUCAAAAACAAAAGAAACAUACUACAGGCUUCCUGAGCCUGACUGACAGUCACAGGUGGACUGUUUUUAAUAUACAAAUAAACUUUGAGAGAUGUUUUACAUUCCUAA